UGUUGCCUAAAGUGCUGUCAAAGCUGACGACGGUUAUGGUGGCAUCGACCGCUCUUUGAACCAUUGCGUGUGGCACACCGAAAUUGGACACGCUCCUCGACAACUCUAGAAUGAAAUGAGCACAGAACCUCUUUUGAGUUUCAUUUCUCUACACGCACAGUUUGUCUUUUCCCUUCUAUCGCCUACAUUAGGCUACAUAUUCUAUCCCUUUGCUCUGUGUGUCCAAUUAUCUAUCUAUAUCUUGCGGUCUUCCUUUCUGGUCCAUGCCAAUAGCAGCUUAAGUAAUACCUUGUCUUGUUUGUGGGUUCCCAUGUACUGUUCUAUCUUUGGUUGUGCCUGCUGUCCUUCUGUUGACAAAAGUUCAUUCAUUGUGAAUUGUGCUCCACCUCCUUGUCAGUCUUGCCUCGGUUUCCCUCCCUGUGUUCCUAUACUACUUCACUCAAGUCCAAUAUGACAUCACUACUCUGUUUGGAGGGUCUCCACUCUAUGCCGUUGUUUCUCACAACCGUCUUUCAGCUGUCAUU